AUGGAUACCAUGUCCCCUAACCUGGUAGUUGGGACAUCAUAUCAACGAAGAAAGACAAUUAUUCAACCAAAUACACCACGGCUGAGCAGACACCAUGCUUUCAAUUCUCCUGUCACCCUCGAUACAAACACACCUUCAAGUGUUACAACAUCUUCCUUUGCUAAUCAAAUCUUCAAAAACGUUAAUACACAUCAAAGUGGAUCAGUCGUUUCAUCCAGAAGACAAUUGAAUGUUGGUGUUAUUCAAUCUAUGGCCGCCAAUCUACUCAAAAAAUUAUCAAAUAUUGAUCAUUAUGGUGAGUCUUCAUCCACAAGCAAUAUUCACCGCAACACAAGUGUUAAUAACGAAGUAGAUGAAACCGUUGAAGAUGGAACAACGGAUGAAUCAAUAUCUGAUAGUGAUUGUGAGUUCAUAAAUGUAAAUCCUGACUAUGACACAACAUCAACUCUUGAUGAUGAAGAAACCAUAGAACCAAACUAUACGCCGCAAAAUGUGAAAGAUUCUGGCUACUCUGAUAUCGGUGAUCCAAUUGUUGAAUGCAUACAUUGUGGAGCACUGAUGUGGUAUCAAGAAAAGACAGACAAACGAAAACAUAGUGACGUACCCAAAUUCCAAUUAUGUUGUGGAAAUGUAUUGCAGAUUGUACAAAACAUUAUGUUUGCCUUUACGUCACCCGGAAUGAAGUUUGACAAUAGAUACCAAUCGGCAGGAGGACCGCCUAACAUAAGGAUACAUGGACAGACUUGCCAUAGAAUUGGGAGCAGGCUCCCUUUGGAUGGAGAAACACCAAAAUUUGCACAGCUUUAUAUUUAUGACACUGAUAAUGAGAUCCAUCAUAGAAUGAAAGGAAUAGGUCAUAAUCCUAAUGUGAAUCCAGAAACGGUUGGAAAAUUGAAAUUUAUGCUUGAUGAGUUCAACACACAUGCUAAAACAUUUAGGAUGGCAGCAGAUCGACUAAAAGAUUCUCAUGUACCCGAUGUAAAACUGAAAUUAAUCACCGAUCGAUCCAAGGACGGAAGAGUUUAUAAUCAACCGACAGUUUUCGAAGUUGCCGCACUUAUCGUUGGUGAUGUUGAUACAGGUUCUAAGAGACAUAUUAUACUUGAGAGACAGAGUGGGAGGCUGAAAAGGAUAAGUGAGUUUCAUCCAAGUUAUCUUGCUUUACAAUAUCCACUUUUGUUUCCAUAUGGCGAAGAUGGUUUUAGAAUUGGUAUUCUACACAGGGAAACAAAAGCAAAGAAAAAGAAGAAUAAACUUACUAUCAGAGAAUGGCUUACGUUUCGGAUUCAAACCAGACCAACCGAAGCACACACACUUUUGAUGUCCAGGAGGCUUUUCCAGCAAUUUUUGGUUGAUGGUUUCACCAUGAUGGAGUCUCAAAGGUUGAAUUACAUACGCAAGCACCAGAAAAAACUAAGAGUUUCAAAGUACAAAAAUUUGAACGGUCCAGAACAGGAUCAAAACACUCAAGGAGCAAACAAGAGUAAGAGGGUUGUUUUACCUUCAACUUAUGUUGGAAGUCGAAGAUACAUGGAACAAUUGUAUUUUGAUGGAACGGCUAUUUGUAGCCAUAUUGGUUUUCCUGACCUUUUUAUCAAAUUUACAUGCAAUCCAAUGUGGCCCGAAGUCAAAAGACUGCUUCACACAAUGAGGUUGCAGCCCCAUGAUCGUCCCGACAUUAUAUCAAGAGUUUUUAAAAUUAAGUUGGAUGAGUUGUUGUUUGAUUUGACUAAGAAGCAUGUCUUAGGGAGAGUGGUUGCAUAUAUAUACACUUUUGAGUUUCAAAAGAGAGGUUUACCACAUGCUCAUAUUUUUCUAUUCAUGCAUCCGCAAAGCAAGUAUCCCACUCCCGAGGACAUAAACAACAUCAUUUCAGCAGAGAUACCAUCAAAAGAAGAUGAUGUGGAAUUAUUUGUUGUUCCUCACAAUCCAUAUCUGUUGAAGAAAUUUCAAGCUCACAUUAAUAUGGAAUGGUGUAAUCAAGGUACUUCGGUUAAGUACUUAUUUAAAUAUAUAAACAAGGGGUAUGACAGGAUUACCGCUGCUGUCGUAGAAGGAGACAACGACAGUCCUUUGAACGCUAAAAAUGGCGAUGAAAUCAAGCAGUAUCUUGAUUGUAGAUAUGUCUCACCAAGCGAAGCAUGUUGGAGAAUAUUUUCUUUUCCCAUUCAUGGAAGGUCUCCUGCAGUAGAAAGAUUAUAUUUUCAUCUUGAGGGCGAUAAUUCGGUAUAUUAUACCGAUUACGAACUGAUAGAUGAGGUUCUUGAAAAACCAAUUGUGAAGGAAUCAAUGUUUACCGCUUGGAUGGAAGCAAACAAGACAUAUCCAGAGGCCAGAAAUCUGACCUACUCAAAUUUCCUCACUAAGUUUGUUUAUGAUAAAAGAUACCGACGAUGGAGACCGCGUAAGAGAGGGCACACCAUUGGAAGACUAAUCUGGGUUCCUCCAAGUACAGGUGAGCUGUAUUACCUGAGAAUGAUGCUGACUGUUGCAAAAGGGCCAACAUGUUACGAGGAUAUAAAUAAGGUCGGGGGAAUUGUUCGGGACAGUUUUAGAGAUGCAUGUUUUGAAAUGAGAUUUCUUAAUGAUGACAAGGAAUUUGUUGCAGCCAUUAACGAGGCCAAAGAUUGGGGUUCGGAACAUUUUUUGAGAAAGUUAUUUGUAACUAUGCUACUGUCCGGUACAAUUAACAGACCGCGUCACGUUUGGAAAAAAACUUGGAAGACGCUGUCCGACGGUAUUCUGCACCAACAAAGGCAGUUAACUAAUAUAAGAGAUAUGCAGUUAACAGAAGCUGAGUUGAAAAACUUGACACUCAUUGAGAUUGAGAAUAUGUUGCAAUCCAAUCGAAGAAGUUUGCACGAAUUCAAAGACAUGCCUUAUCCGGAUGCUUAUGUCACACGACACGUUGGAAACAGACUGAUUUAUGAAGAACAUGAUUACAAUACUGAAACUGAGCGAGAAAACUUCAACAAUCUCUUUCGAGCCCUUACAGAUGAACAAUGCCCAAUCUUUGAAAAAAUCAUGGAAGCUGUCGGAAAACAAAGAGGAGGGGUCUUCUUUUUACAUGGUUAUGGAGGGACCGGUAAAACUUUCAUGUGGAGGACACUAUCCAGUGCACUUCGUUCGAAGAAAAAAAUUGUGCUUGCUGUUGCUUCAAGCGGUAUAGCUUCAUUGUUAUUACCAGGUGGACGAACUGCUCAUUCCAAGUUCAAAAUUCAUGUGCCAACACUUGACAACUCCACUUGCAAUAUUGACAAAAACACUGAACAUUCUCAAUUAUUCGAGGCAACAGACGUGAUAAUAUGGGAUGAAGCACCUAUGGCUCAUAAAAAUUGUUUUGAGGCAUUGGAUAGAACACUUAAAGACGUCAUGACCAAGUAG